UGAUGGAGCUGGGAGGGCUAUAGGGAGCGAUGGGGCUGGAGGGGCUAUAGGGAGCGAUUCAGCUGAGGGAGCUAUGGGGAGUGAUGGGGCUGCCCCCUCCCCGUUCCCCGCUCUGUCUCUGGCUCCGCCCGGGGGGGGGGGGAGGGACACGUCGAGGCGGGGCCAGUCCCCCCCUCGCCCCGCGAUGGUGCCGCCCGCCGGCUCCGAGCAUCCUCGGCACCGACACCGGCACCGAUACUGGCCCUGGCAGUGGCCCCCCAAGCCCCAGCACCUCCCCUCCCUUCUGCCUGCCCUCCAGGACCUCCAUGAAGGGCGAGACCCCCGUGAACAGCACAAUGAGCAUCGGGCAGGCCCGUAAGAUGGUGGAGCAGCUGAAGAUUGAAGCCAGCAUGUGCCGGAUCAAGGUCUCCAAGGCUGCCGCCGACCUGAUGACGUACUGCGAUGCACACGCCUGCGAAGACCCGCUCAUCACACCCGUCCCCACCUCUGAGAACCCCUUCAGGGAGAAGAAGUUCUUCUGCGCCCUGCUCUGAGCUCCACGGGGGCCCCCCCAUGCCCCACGGCAGGGGACAGGGGAAUGCCGGGGGUCCUGCCCCACGGCUAAGGCCCAGCCACCCCCCCAUCCCUUUAUCGAGCACAGGAACAAACUGGCAGGAGAUGCCACCUGAGGCCAGCAUCAGCACUCCUGGGGGGUGGCAUGGGGCCCAGUCCUCCCCUUCGCUCCCCCCCCCCCAGCAGCAGGAGGCUCCACAGAGAAAAUAAAC